AGAGUGCGGCCGGCGAGUGAACGAGCGGUGAUUGGUGGGUUCCGGUUCGACGAAGCAUCGCCGCCGACUGGCGCUUCAUCGUUGCCGCUGCCGCCGCCUGAGUGCGGAGUUCAAGAGAGCAGCAUACCGAAAGGGGGCGGGCCGACAUCACAGCGCUCGGCGGGGGCAAGUGGUAAAAUGGUCUAAAUAACGGCGGGUGUGAAAUAUAAAAAAUCCUUUGCCUCCAUGCAAAUAAUUCCCGGGGCUCGGCCUGGGCUUCGAGGGAGCAGCAACAUCCCGAGACAAGGAGCCUUGGACUGUGGAUUAUCAGGGUUUUAAGCCAGUGAGAAAGAGAAGGUGGGGUCGUGAGAAGGAUAGCGGAGCCCAUCAGCCAGCUCUGCUCGGCUGUUUCAGUAUAAAUUGGCUUCAUCGGCGACGGCUGCAAUUUUUCAUUGUGUCUUAUGUGUUGAAUCCUUUUGCCGAUCUACACAGGGACAGUUUUAUUAAUUUCUCCGAUUGGAGAGUUUUUAACUUUGCAUUUUCAUUCUUAAAUUUUCUGAUUUUUAAUUAUCGACCAUGGCCGACGACGACGUCCUGUUUGAAGAUGUGUAUGAGCUGUGUGAAGUGAUUGGCAAGGGACCAUUCAGUGUUGUGCGACGAUGUAUUAACAGAGAAACAGGACAGCAGUUUGCUGUGAAGAUUGUGGAUGUGGCCAAAUUCACUUCCAGUCCUGGUCUGAGUACAGAAGAUUUAAAGAGGGAAGCCAGUAUCUGCCACAUGCUGAAACAUCCACACAUUGUAGAAUUAUUGGAAACGUACAGCUCAGAUGGAAUGCUCUAUAUGGUCUUUGAAUUUAUGGAUGGUGCAGAUCUCUGCUUUGAAAUUGUAAAAAGGGCAGAUGCAGGUUUUGUUUAUAGCGAAGCUGUUGCCAGUCACUACAUGCGACAGAUACUAGAAGCACUACGCUAUUGUCAUGACAAUAAUAUCAUUCAUCGAGAUGUGAAGCCACACUGCGUGCUACUUGCUUCGAAGGAAAAUUCAGCACCUGUGAAGCUUGGUGGGUUUGGAGUGGCCAUUCAGUUAGGAGAAUCUGGACUUGUUGCUGGAGGUCGUGUAGGAACACCACAUUUCAUGGCACCAGAAGUUGUCAAAAGAGAACCAUAUGGAAAGCCAGUUGAUGUUUGGGGUUGUGGUGUGAUACUUUUUAUUCUUCUUAGUGGCUGUUUGCCAUUUUAUGGAACAAAGGAAAGAUUAUUUGAUGCUAUCAUCAAAGGAAAACACAAGAUGAACCCUAGGCAAUGGAUUCACAUAUCAGAGAGUGCGAAGGAUUUGGUUCGUCGUAUGCUUAUGUUGGACCCUGCAGAAAGGAUUACUGUUUAUGAAGCUCUCAACCAUCCCUGGCUUAAGGAGCGAGAUCGAUAUGCAUACAAAAUUCACCUCCCUGAAACUGUGGAACAGCUGCGAAAAUUUAAUGCAAGAAGGAAAUUGAAGGGAGCAGUUCUUGCAGCUGUAUCAAGUCACAAAUUCAAUUCUUUCUAUGGUGACCCACCUGAAGAGCUGCCUGACUUCUCAGAAGACCCUACCUCUUCAGGAGCUGUUUCACAGGUUCUGGACAGUUUGGAGGAAAUCCAUGCAUUAACAGAUUGCAGUGAAAAGGAUUUGGAUUUCUUGCACAGUGUUUUCCAGGACCAACAUCUCCACACACUGCUUGAUUUGUAUGACAAGAUCAACACGAAGUCAUCACCACAGAUAAGAAAUCCACCAAGUGAUGCUGUCCAAAGAGCUAAAGAGGUGUUGGAAGAGAUUUCGUGCUAUCCAGAAAAUAAUGAUGCAAAAGAACUGAAAUGUAUUCUAACAAGGCCUCAUUUUAUGGCCUUGCUUCAGACUCAUGAUGUUGUGGCACAUGAAGUAUAUAGUGAUGAAGCACUAAGAGUUACACCACCACCAUCUUCUCCUUAUUUAAAUGGUGACUCACCUGAAAGUGCAAACGGAGAUAUGGACAUGGAAAAUGUAACACGAGUUCGACUUGUCCAGUUUCAGAAAAACACUGAUGAACCUAUGGGGAUAACUUUAAAAAUGAAUGAAAUGAACCAUUGUAUUGUUGCAAGGAUUAUGCAUGGCGGAAUGAUCCAUAGGCAAGGAACGCUCCAUGUCGGUGAUGAAAUCAGAGAAAUAAAUGGCAUCAGUGUUGCUAACCAGACAGUAGAGCAACUUCAAAAGAUGCUUAGAGAAAUGAGAGGAAGUAUUACCUUCAAGAUUGUGCCAAGUUACCGCACUCAAUCAUCGUCAUGUGAGAGAGAUUCCCCCUCCACAUCCAGACAAUCCCCAGCUAACGGCUAUAGCAGCACUUAUAAUUCUGUUUCGGACUUGCCAUCAACUGCACAACCAAAAGGACGACAGAUUUAUGUUCGAGCGCAAUUUGAAUAUGAUCCAUCAAAAGAUGACCUCAUUCCUUGCAAAGAGGCUGGGAUCCGUUUCCGAGUUGGAGAGAUCAUACAAAUUAUCAGUAAAGAUGAUCACAAUUGGUGGCAAGGCAAGUUGGAAAACUCAAAGAAUGGUACGGCUGGACUCAUCCCCUCUCCUGAACUGCAGGAAUGGCGUGUUGCAUGUAUAGCCAUGGAAAAGACCAAGCAAGAGCAGCAGGCUAGCUGUACCUGGUUUGGGAAAAAGAAAAAACAAUACAAAGAUAAAUAUCUGGCAAAGCACAAUGCAGUCUUCGAUCAACUAGAUCUCGUCACAUAUGAAGAAGUAGUAAAACUGCCAGCCUUCAGAAGGAAGACUCUGGUGUUACUAGGAGCCCAUGGAGUAGGACGACGGCACAUUAAAAACACUCUUAUUACAAAACAUCCUGACAGAUUUGCAUACCCUAUUCCACACACUACCAGACCUGCCAGAAAAGAUGAAGAAAAUGGCAAAAAUUAUCAUUUUGUUUCACAUGAUCAAAUGAUGCAAGACAUUUCCAACAAUGAAUAUCUGGAAUAUGGCAGUCAUGAGGAUGCAAUGUAUGGAACAAAGCUGGAAACGAUACGGAAAAUCCAUGAACAAGGACUCAUUGCAAUUCUAGAUGUUGAGCCACAGGCACUGAAGGUUUUGAGAACUGCAGAGUUUGCUCCAUUUGUUGUAUUCAUUGCUGCCCCGACUAUUACUCCAGGCAUGACUGAGGAUGAAUCUCUUCAGCGUCUACAGAAGGAGUCAGAAAUUCUACAGAGAACAUAUGCACACUACUUCGAUCUAACCAUAAUCAACAAUGAAAUAGAUGAGACCAUCAGGCAUCUGGAAGAAGCCAUUGAACUUGUGUGUACUACACCGCAGUGGGUUCCUGUAUCCUGGGUAUAUUAAAGACUGGAGAGAGAAACUAUGAACUUUAUCAUUCCCUAGCAACACCUGACAUUAGACUUUGUAAAUGACCAUGCAUCAAAUCUUGCCCCUUAUAGACUGCCUAGGAUUAGUGUGCCCUGACUUUUUUUUUCUGACUAUUGUUAUGUCCUUCUAGAUGGAUUGAGAGCGAAAAUAUCAAACUCUGAAAGUGACAGUGUCCCUUUUUAAAAUUCUGAGAGGAUUGUACUUCCAUUAUUAAAAUCAGAUCUACAAAUGCCUCCUGAUCUAUAGAUACUAUUACUCAAGUUGUUUUUUUUCCCCAAAAUUUUUGGGAUCUAUUUUACUUGGUAUAAAUAAUGCAGUCUGACUAUGUUGCUAUCUGUUUGAAAUUUAAUUUCACAUGGAUGGUUUUGUGCAUAGAUACAGAUUGUACAUUUUCUGAUGUUCCUAAGUAGUCAAAGAAUAAUUGGCACAAGCUUUAUUGUCAGCAAAGUCAUGAAUAUCUGCAGUCAUAUAUCUGAGGGCUGGGUAGAGAAGGGCAUUAAGUAGGUAUGAUUUUUUUACACACAGACCAGUCAAUUUCAUAAAGGGGAUACUGUCAUUUACAAUUUUAAAAUGUACAAACAUUUUAGGAAUUUGAAUCAGGUUUUACUGCAUGUGGACAGUUACAAGAAUUCAUGCUGUUGGUGUAUCUGUGUUGGAAACUGUAUUCUACAGCGACGUACAUUCCAUUUGUUGGAAAAAUUACCCAAGGGAAUUAAUUCAAAAAAAUUGUAAACCUAUGCACAUCCCUUGCAUUGUGGGCAAGUUUAUAAAUGACUGAUUUUUAAUCAUGUAGUGAAAUGUGUUUGUACUUUGUUGCAAUUUAAUUUGUUCUAAGGGGAAGAAUUAGCAGUUCUGCCAUUUCAGAUAUGUGUCGUCUUUGAAUAUAAAUAUUUUAAUUAUGUUCCGUCUGGAAAAAUGGUUUAAUUUUUAUCAUUGAAUUAUAUGUAUUAAAAUGCACAAAUUUUACUAAAGAAAUACUGUGCAAAAAAAAGAAGUUUGUGAUCAGAUACAGCAGUUCAGCUCACGUCACUACUUCAUUCAAACUGGCCUACAGUGCUACUGAAGACGACAAUUACAAAAACUGCAAUUGGACUGUUGUUUUUAAAAUAAUAUAUAUAGGUACUUCCCUUUAUGUCGUUGUUUUUAUUUCCUGUGAUUUUAUGCUUAUAUGGAGCUCAAACUCACCCAGCCAUGUUAAAUCAAAUAGGCUGCAAUUAUUGAACUUCAGUACAGCUGCCGAAGAUGUUAUUGUGUUUCAAUACAGGGCUGUAAGUUCUAUACUUUUGUAACUGGUCAGUGCUAAGACCAGUAUGGUGCUGGCCAUCGGAACUGAACAGUACCUCUGUUCAUGUAAUAUAAAAAUGAAAAUACUGUGGAAAAUUGUAAAAGAAAACGAAGCACAAUUUCACAACUGGAAUUUAUUGAGCAUUUUCAUAUUUUCUGGAAAAUUCCAUUCCGGUAAACAAAAAAUAGUAUUUUAUAAAACUGUUCCCAUCUGGACUUUAGAGCACAGAGGAAUGCAUUGUUUGCCUUAAAACAUUUUGUAACUUAAUUCCUGCUUUCUUUGAUGUAAUGCCAUUCCUAACAGUAUUGAAAGGAGAUUUACAUAUCUGUUCUACAUUUCAGAAAAUGCGUAUUGUUCAACGUUGCAUAAAUGCUUUCGUGAAACACAAUUGGCAAUGGAAAUCUGUAUUAAAGGAUAA